AUGGUUGCGGAACGAGAGAGCGGUCGUUUGAAAGAGGCAAGCCAGAAGCGCGUCCUCGAUGAGGCGUCUCGCAAGAGGAGGGCCAGGAAGGCAUUGGAGGCCCUGGAGCAGGACAACUUCCACGAUGACCCCCACGCAGACCUGGUCAUGAGCAAGAAGGUUCCAAAAUUCCAGGAAACGCUGGAGAAUAAGAAGAAGCGGAGCAAGCGCACGCAGGAGUGGUUCAAAAUGCGCUUUCGCAAAAACUUUGCUCAACUGCUCGAGGAAUCGAGGUCGUACCGGCCAGAUUCUCCGAAUUACCAGUCUGCGCUUGCACCCCCUUCAAAGCUUCCUGACCGACAUUUCUGCGCCGUUUGUGGUUUUCCCAGCUCGUACACGUGCGUCCAGUGCGGAGCCAGAUACUGUAGCGUCCGGUGCCUCGGAACGCAUCAGGACACGCGCUGUCUCAAGUGGACAGCUUAGAAAAAACUCAAAUUGAUGUUAAUCAUGCUCUAGGUGAGUGGAAUAAAGAAUCAAGCCGUUUGUCCAAUUAAUUUUAAUAAAUUUAGUUCUCUUGGUAAUAA